AUGAAGGGCUUGCUCUUCGCCUGUGGCUUGCUGGCCACAAUGGCCUCCGCACACAUCCAGAUGGUCGACCCGAUUCCUAUCCGCAGUCCCGAGAGUAAGGAUAAGAGUGGCCAAAUCGACUACUCGUACACCAACCCACUGUCAGACAGUGGCAGCGAUUACCCUUGUAAGGGGUACGCCAACGACCCGUUCAAGUCCGUCGCCAACUACAGUCCCGGUCAACAGUACAGCUUGAAGCUGAAAGGCAGCGCGACGCACGAUGGUGGCUCCUGCCAGAUCAGUCUCUCCUACGACAAGGGCAAGAGUUUCAAAGUCAUCCACUCCAUGCUCGGCGGCUGUCCCCUCACGAAGGAGUAUCAGUUCCAGAUUCCGCAAGGCGCUCCGUCGGGAGAAGCCCUGCUCGCUUGGACUUGGUUCAACAAAGUCGGUAACCGCGAGAUGUAUAUGAACUGCGCCCAGGUCACCAUUGGAGGCGGCAACGGAGGCCAGCGCAGCGCCAAGGAAGAGAAAGCCAUCACUCGUCGUGACGGACUCGAUAGCCUCCCACCGAUGUUCAUCGCCAAUGUCAACGGCCCUGGGAAGUGCAAGACCAUCGAAGGCGAGGAUGUGAACUUCCCCAUGCCUGGACAGUCUGUGGAAGGCAAGGCCUCGGGCAAGGGCUACAAGUGUGAGGGCUCCGCUCCGUUCCUUGGUGAUGGUGGAUCGAGCCAGGCACCGAACGACAAAAAGAACAGUGGCCAGGACGGCAACAAGAACAACAACAAUAACAAGAGCAACAAUACCAAUGGUAACAACGGCAACAACAAUGGCAACAAUAAAAACCAGGACAAUGCCAACAAUGGUAAUAAGAACAACAACAACGCCAACGCCAACGGUCCUCAGCAGAACGAUAAGCCGUCUACCCACUCCACAGCGCGCAAGGAGCUUGUCCAUAAGGUUCCCAUGCCCUUCGGAGACAACGUCAAGAAUGGCGAUGUGCGCACUGCAUCCAUUGGUACCCAGGACAGCCCCAGCUGGCUUGCUGCGGCCGAAGGUUGCAAUGGGAACGGGCUCAUCUGUGCUCCUGAUGGCCAGACCUGGGCCUUGUGCAAUGACGGUAAGCCUGUCCACAUGGGCAAUGUCGCCGCAGGCACGACCUGCACACACGGCGCGAUACAGCACGCCGCGAUGGAGCCGGCUGCUUGA